UUUGCAGAGUUUUAAAUCAAAAUGCCGGUAGCCUCUAAACCCGUUCCGGGUAGCGCCCCGCUUCACACGGUACUGCUGCUGAGAUACCUGCAGCUCCUGCACAGCCGCCCUGUACUGACUAAAGCGUUGACUAGUGCUAUUCUGUCUGCACUAGGAAACAUUUUGUCUCAAACCAUACAGAAGUGGCGCAAAGAGCAGAAGGCACCCCAAAAUGUGGACCUUCGAGGACCAUUUCGAUUUGCUGUUUAUGGCUUACUCUUCACAGGCCCACUGUCUCACUAUUUCUACUUGUUAUUGGAGCAGCUGGUCCCUUCUUCUGCUCCACUAGCUGGACUUCAAAGACUCCUUAUAGAACGACUAAUGAUUGCACCAGCUUUCUUACUUCUCUUUUUCUUGGUGAUGAAUCUACUUGAGGGUAAAAAUUUGGCUAAACUGAAUAAAAAGCUGAGAGACCAUUAUUGGUCAGCAUUAAAGUUGAACUGGAAAGUCUGGACACCGUUUCAAUUCAUCAAUAUCAAUUACAUACCAGUACAAUUUAGAGUCUUGUUUGCCAACCUGGUGGCUUUCUUCUGGUAUGCAUACCUUGCGUCAACCCGGAACUGAGAUUGAGGAAAGUAGCUUAAAGGCACAGAUUUCAGAAAGUAAUAGCUGGAGGAGAUAAUUGUUCUUUGAUUAUUAUGGAAGACGGCACUGAAUUUUCGGCAACUCAUGAAUCUAACACAAUUUACGUCGCCACUAAAGAGGAACACAUCUUGUACCAUUUCUUCAAGUGCUAAUAAGGAGCUUAUUAAUGUAAUGGUCAGAAAACUGUAUACACUAACUGUAAAUUUGUAAUAGUGCUCAAUAAGAGCAUUAACAAGGUUUGAAGAAUAAAAGUAGACAUGUUUUGGAAAA